UACAAAAGACAAUUGAUGUUCUGCACUCUUGCAAAAUUAAAAAGAGACACAGAAUCACAGAGGUGGUACUCUAGGAAUACUACUCUCAUCCAACGCUUAUAUUUAUUAAAUGAAGAUGCAGUUAGAGGCAGUUUCUGGAGUGCUCCUAGCAGUGCAGGUCCUUAUUUUGGCAAUGACAGUCACUCCUCUUCACUCUGCAUGAUAUGGGAGAAAACUCAGUCGUGCAGGAUGCCUUAUGGCUUCAUUAGAACAGCUGCACCCUACUUUAUUGUGGGGAGUAAAAUGCUCAUGACUCUGUUCCUGGAAGUAAGAGCACAUGGUAUCAAAUCCUCGAACGGAGAUGUCUAUCUAAACUUUGCAUCGACAAUAGGAAAAGUAGAGCAAGUGGUCAUUCCAGCCUCAAUGCUACAAGAGUCAUCAGCCGUCCACCAGCUAUCCCUGAGCCCAGACCUCAGUAUUACAAGUAUUAAUGCACUGGGCCAGGGGAGCAUGUAUUUCGCUGUUAAUGCAUCUCAUACAGUGUACAAUACUGACACUGUCCCAGUUGGUCGAUAUGCACUGACCUUUGUUAUCCAUGUGGAGGGUGCCACUUCACUAUCGUACUCUUAUCUCACAAUUGAUGUGACUCCGGAAGCUAGUCAAGCUUGUGAGCUGCAGCUGUUUGGAACGUGUAGUCAGUUUUGUGCCUUGGAUGCCUCCACUUACGGCUAUUCGUGUUUUUGUGUCGAAGGGUAUAUUCUGCAACAGGACAAUGUCACAUGUCUAGCAUUCGAGCCGUUGCCCUCCCUCCUGGUUGCCACCGACAAUGGACUGACACAGCUCAACCUACUGACGAAACAAAAUACUCCUCUCAGUCUCUUGGGCACCGUAGACCACUUUGAUUAUCUCCAUGCCAAACAGACAAUUUUCUAUGCUGACAAUUCUCGCCAAGUCAUCAGCUUCGUGGCCUUGGAUGGGAGUGGGGAGGAAGUGUUUUGGAGCUAUGGUCCAAAGAUGGUGUCAGGAUUGGUAGUGGAUUGGGUGGAUGGACGUGUGCUCUAUUCAACCGAUGAGGCUAUAGUAGCAGUGGACAUCAAGACUGGACAGAACACUACUGUACACUCUAGUCUCAACCAGCCAAGGUGUCUGGUGGUGAAUGCAAGCAUAGAACAAACGUUGCUCUUCUGGGUUGAAGGGCAAGAUGAUCUGUUUGUUAUCAGGAGGUCCUCCCUGGAUGGCAGUCCCCCGGAAAAUAUAACCACCAGCUCAGUGAGCGUUCUUGACUUGAGUGUGGACAGUGUGACUCAGACCUUGUACUGGGUGACUGCUGAGGGCAGUGUGUGCAGCUCCAGCUUUGGUUGGGACAACACAGUGUGUUUUUACUGCUGUAACGAUGCUGCACCUUCUGGGAUCACUGUGUUCGAGGUGUUCAUCUAUCUUAGUCUGAAUGCAAGCAACUCGGUCAUGCAAAUACAAAAAGACCUAGAGAACCCCCAUCCAGUUGUUUACAAAGAAAUCACCCACCCAAUUGAGCUGGUUAUUGCACACCCACUCAAACAACCUGGGUCUGUACAAGGUAUCAGUAGCUGUGAUCAGUGUGAGCAGCUGUGUGUGGUGGAGACGGACAGUAUCAGUUGUGACUGCUUCUCCGGCUACAGACUCUCCCCAAAUGGAGUCUCUUGCUACAUUGAUGAAAUUUCAGACCUAGUCCUGGCCCAGUCAGUUCCCAGUAAUACACCACUCAAUAGUGUCGUCAGAGUGUCACUGUCGGGCAGAGAAACAGAGAGGUUGGUAGAUGCUUCCUUUGGACCCUCGUUCUCUCCAAAGACAGGGCCAGUGUAUGCCAUGGACUAUGACCGCCAGAGCAACGCAGUGUUCUAUGGGGACAGGAACUCUUCCACCCUCUGGAGAGCCUCGCUGAACAGACAACACAGUGCACAGGAUGACAGGGAGCUGCUGGUGUCAGGGGCUCACGCUUGGGACAUGGCAUUUGACUGGAUGGAUAGGACCAUCUACUGGUCUGAUGACAGAAAUGGGACCAUUAAUUCUGUAUCACUGUCCACCAGUGGGGUGGCUACAGUUACAACCAUUGUGACUGGUCAGUCCCAGCCUCGAGGUUUGGAUGUUGAUCCACUGAACAGGCAGUUGUACUGGGUGGAGUCAGGUACUGGCUGUAUAUGGCGUUACUAUCUGGACAACCUACUACUAGAGAUGUUCGCUAGCAGUCUGGAUGUUCCAAGCGGCCUUGUCAUUGACCAUCAGUCAAGAACGCUCUACUGGACAGAGCUCUCGGGUAACAUACGGAGAAUGUCACUCGACGGUAGUGAGCAGGAAAUGAUUUAUAACAAUUCAUCAACCUCCCCCUUCAAGAUUGCAGUGUACCGAGACUAUGUGUUGUGGAUUAACAAUGGUAGUGGAGCUGACAGUAUCAGCGUUCUUCAUCGUGAGCGAUUAGAAGAAAGUGGCAGUAUUUCUGUAGUGCCAUCGGGCUAUCGAACACUUACUUCUCUGCUCGUGGUGGGCUCUAACAGACAACUUACCAGGGGUCAGUACGAGUGUGUGCAGAAUAUUGCUGGCUGCUCCCACUACUGUCAGACAAAUAAGGACGAUACCACUGCCUGCUCUUGUCCCCCUGGCUACAGCCUCUCUUCUGGUACCACCUGCAUCUUUGAGGGAGAGUGUCCAGUGUGCAGUGAAGGCUGUGUAGUCCAAGGCUCAGAGCUCACCUGCUCAUGUCCACCUGGACGCAUGGGAAAUGCCUGUGACCAACCUUGUGAGAAUGGCACAUUUGGAGAGAGUUGUGCUCAGAUCUGUACCUGCUUGAAUGAAGGAGCCUGUGAUUCGGUGAAUGGCAGCUGUACUUGCACAGGGGACUAUGAAGGAAUCAGCUGUAGUCAAGCAAUUUGCAGUGAUGAGUGCCAGAAUGGAGGGACCUGUGUUGAACCAAACACCUGUUCCUGUGCUCCUUCUUACGACGGCGACACGUGCGAGAUGAGAGUUUGUACGUCUGACUUUUGUCUAAAUGGAGGCACUUGCAAUGUAGAUUUUGGCCUAGAACUGUCUUGCAGCUGUCCUACUACCACUUCUGGAAUACGGUGCCAGUUUUUAGAUGUCAUCUUUUUCCCCGCGACUGGAGUCAUGUUAUCAAUGUCAGUGGGAAUACCUGUUGGACUGUUUCUACUAGUGUUAGUGGCUGUCAUUGUGGUUGCUGGAAUAUACUACUAUCUCAGGUGUGUUCCUCAUCGUAAAACCAACCCACUGGAGAGCCAAGAUGAUAUACCUCUCCCCAAGGAUAUCAGCUCACCAGAACCUGAGACCAGUGCUGGCACUGCAGGUAACCCAGACGACACAACUGAACUUGGUGGAAAUUCAUUCCAAGAUAGUGAAUAUUAUAUUUAUGUACAAAGAUGAAUAGUUUAACUGCUUAUUUCUGUUUGUGUGUGUGUGUUAUAAUUAUUUUCAUUUGGCUUGCUCUGCAAAACAAAAUUGCACAAAAUUAAUAAUUAUGAAUAUGAAGGUGA